AUGAUUUUGGCCAGGUUGGAAAAUGUUGAAGGGCAACAAAGUGCCCUUAUUAAAGGUCAAUCCGAGAUCUUGGGUCAAUUGCAGAAGCUGAUGACAAUGAUGGAAAAUCUUAGUAGGCCAGCUCCAUAUCCACACCCUCAGUCCACUGAAGAAGGCCCUCAGUCCACUGAAGAAGGCCCUCAGUCUCCUGUAGAUGAAGACAUUCUCCCUAACGAUUACAGACCUGAUGAUGUAGAUGAUCACAUUUUUCGCACACCAGAGGAUAUGCAAAUUAUUGUAAUCAGAGAUACUGAAGAUUCUGAAGUACAAUUCUUAAACAUAGCUCCACCAGCACCGGAGAAGAGGAGAGAAAGAAAGAGGCCUAGGUGGUUCGAUGAGUACACUGCAAUGAGGAAAAGGAAUAAGAAAUCGAAGACAGCAGUGAAUGUGGAUCCAUUGAGGGUUGUUGAUGGUAAAUUACUUAUGACCUUUCAUAAGUGGUUGCUUGGCACCAUUGGGAAUAAAUAUCCGAGGGAAUGCUUCUCAGGGACACACGAUGCUGCUUGGUUCCUGAAACUGCAUACUCCGAGGACAUGGCUUUCUGACUCUCAUUUAGAUGCAGCAUUCCAUCUCAUGAGGAGGCGUCUAGAAUUUUAUCCUAACAUGUACCCUCAGAAAUGUGUUGUUAUGCCUACAAUUUUUCCCGAAUCAUUGAAGGCUCGGUGGGACGCUUUUCCAGGUUCUGACUACUCUAGAUUUAGUUGGGAUGACAGUAUAUUGGACCUGGUUAGGGGUGAUGCAAUCCAGUUCUUAUCGAGUUGGCAGAACAAGGAGUUCAUUUAUUUUGCCCUCUUCUUGAAAGACCAAUUGCAUUGGGUAGCUGUAGAGGCAGACCUGAAUGGGUGGAUGCUCAACAUCUUUGACUCCAGUAUUGGAUCAAUUUCCGAAAACGAUUUGAUCAGCUUGAUGGUUGACUGGUGUACCAUUUUCCCGUCGGUCUUGCGACAGUCCGGUUUAUUUGAGAACCAUGACGUUAUACUCGCGCCUCAGUUGACAGCAUCAGAGAGCCAGGUCAGACCCUUCGAUUGGAAACUCACUCCACGUGAAUUCGUACCGCAAACAAAAUCCAGGUGAACUUUAUUAAAUAUCACAUAUUAAUUAUUAUUUCUUAAUUACAAAAUUUAUUAAAUUAUUGUUUAUUUUCUAAUGCAGUG